GUGGAACCCUCCAGAAGAUCAGUGGAGGCUGCCAGCCCUCUGCACUCCCCACAUCCCCCCCUUGGUCCAAGAAGUCACUAUGGGCUCCAUGCUGCAGUGGCUGGAGGUCCAGCUGGUCCCCCGCAGCCGAGGGCACUGGGACCCGUCCUUGGUUAUAGUAGUGGACAUCCCUCUCAUCAACACCAACCCAAGGAGCCUGCCACUUCUAAGAUGUUUUCAGAUGCUCAAUCAGAGAUGUCUAAAGGGGUCUAGCAGAAAAUUUCAUUUCCUGAAGAUGUCCUGGCGACCCAGUACAGCCCCAGGAAACAUGCAGCACCCGCAGCGCCUCCAGCCGCUUCGCAGCUCUGCUGCUGUGGGCUCUGUACCAAAGACUUCCAUCUCUAAACGAAGGUGCCAUGCACCUGAACAUGAUCAGCAGUUUGCCACUGGGGGGGAGAGGAGUGGGCCAAGACUUAUGAACUCAAUGGAGUAUGUGACGGGCAGAUCCCCCUACCAGCUCCCCGUCAUCCACAGUGCUGCGGUGCCAGUGCCACCUCCCCCCCUGCAGAAGGGAGACAGGAGCGUGGCUGCCGCCAGGGGCGGGAUGCCCAGAGGGAGACGGUUUCGUCCCACCACGGCACCAAGUGACACAGAGCAGCCUCUGGCAAAGAAUUCUGGAGGAUUCCCUAAGCCCUCGUUACGCAGCAAUGUAUUUGUGACCAUGGUCUUCCUAGGAAAAAGUGUGCAUUUAUCUCAUGAUGACACGGAUUACAGAGAUGAAAUCAAAGUCUACCAGCAGCAUUGUGGAGGAGAAAACCUUUGUGUCUACAAAGGCAAGCUCCUGGAGGGAGAGACCUUUCAGUUCGUCUCCAAGAGGCACCAUGGCUUCCCCUUCAGCCUCACCUUUUUCCUCAACGGGAUCCAGGUGGACAGGCUGAGCUGCUGCUGUGAGUACAAACAUCAGAAGCGUUCCAGGCUGGGCAGCAGGCAUCGCUACUUCGCGUUUCUCGCUGUGGAGGGAGCAUCUCCUUGCUACAGGUGCAUUAUUGCAAUGAGUCUGGACAAAAAGCCAUCUCCUCCCAAGAGAAAGGUGCAGGAGGACCAUGAGGAAAAGCACGUGGGUCCCUGCGGAGAUGGAGUGCGCAGUGAGCCAAGGGGAAGCAGUGUUGAGCAGAAAUCAAGCAAAGGCUCAGUGUUAAUCAUCUUACCAAGUCAUGAAGCAAGUGUGGAACAUAUUGAGGACAAAAUGGAGACCGGACAAGAGUACAGGAAAGAAGAAAGGAAAAAACUAUCCGAUUGUGAGCGAGAAGAUGGCCAGGAAGACAUCGGUGAAAACG